CAGCACAGCCUUUCGCAGGAGGGCGGGGGCAGCCCCGGGGCGGCCUCGGCCGGGCGCAGAAGAGCCCGCUGUGCGCAGGAAGUGCGAUCCCGCACGGGCCGCUCGCCGUCCCCGGGGUUUGCCGGAACCCGCAGGGUUAACAGGGACUAGUGAGUCCCAAGCGCACGGGAGGGGCCGUCCGUCUCGGAGGGUCUUUACAUCGCGCGCCGCCGGCGAGUCUGCGCCAGCUGCCCGAAGCCCCGCCGGAGAACCGGGAGCUCCAGGGUUAAUCCCUCGGGCCCAGGAGGGGGGGAAGGCUCCGAACCCCGAGAUCGGAGGACAGCAGGGUCCCAGACGGAAGCGAGAGUGCCAGACGUCCGAUGCCGUUCCCCUCGGGCUGCAUGAGCGCCGGCCGGGCCUCUGCCGCAGACAUGGAGAAACUCAGCGCCCUGCAGGAACAGAAGGGCGAGCUGCGCAAGCGGCUGUCCUACACCACACACAAGCUGGAGAAACUAGAAACGGAGUUUGACUCCACACGUCACUACCUGGAGAUUGAGCUGAGACGUGCGCAGGAGGAGCUGGACAAGGUCACGGAGAAACUGCGCAGGAUUCAGAGCAACUACAUGGCGCUGCAGAGGAUCAACCAGGAGCUGGAAGACAAGCUGUACCGGAUGGGCCAGCACUAUGAGGAAGAGAAACGCGCGAUGAGCCAUGAGAUUGUCGCCCUCAACAGCCACCUGCUGGAGGCCAAGGUGACCAUUGACAAGCUGUCGGAGGACAACGAGCUCUAUAGGAAGGACUGCAAUCUAGCGGCCCAGCUGCUGCAGUGCAGCCAGACCUACGGCAGGGGCCAUAAGGUGUCCGAGCUGCCCUCAGACUUCCAGCAGCGCGUGAGCCUGCACAUGGAGAAGCACGGCCGCAGCCUGCCUUCCCAACGCUGCCGUCCGUCCUACGCCGACAGCGUGCCCACCUGCGUCAUCGCCAAGGUGCUGGAGAAGCCCGAGCCUGGCAGCCUGUCCUCCUCGCGCAUGUCGGAUGCCUCGGCCUGUGACCUGGCCUUCCGUGAUGGAGUGGAGAAGUCGGGCGCACGGGCCGCGUACAAGGAAGAUCUCUACUGCAGCGACACCGCGCUCUACUGCCCGGAAGAGCGCCAGCAUAACCGGCGGCCCAGCGUGGACACCCCGGUGUCCGACGUGGGCUUCCUGCAGGUGCAGAAUUCCACCGACAGCGCAGCGGAAGACGAGGAGGAGGCCGAGGCGUCGGCCUUCCCGGAGGCCUACCGCCAUGAGGCCUACCCGGGCUACGCGGCCUCGCUGCCCACAUCCAGCUCCUACUCCAGCUUCAGCGCCACAUCCGAGGAGAAGGAGCACGCGCAGGCCGGCACGCUGGCCGCCCCGCAGCAGGCGGUCUACCUGAAUAGCCGCGGCGAGGAGCUCUUCGGCCGCAGGCUGCCCCCCGGCGCCUAUGGGAGCAGCCCUCGCUUCAACAAGGCCGCGGCCACCCUGGCCUCCCCAAUGGAGGCCCAGGUCGCCCCAGGCUUCGCUCGGACUGUGUCUCCGUACCCGGCCGAGUCCUACCGCUUCCCGACCUCCCCAGGUCCGCAGCAGGCUCUGAUGCCCCCAAACCUGUGGAGCCUGAGGGCCAAGCCGAGCGGUAGCCGCCUCGCCGGGGAGGACAUACGAGGUCAGUGGCGGCCCCUGAGCGUGGAGGAUGUGGGCGCCUACCCGUACCAGGCGGGCAACGCAGGCCGCGCCUCGCCCUGCAACUUCGCAGAACGUUUCUAUGGCGCCGCCGGUGGCGGCGGUGGCAGUGGCGGUGGCAGUGGCAGUGGCAGUGGCGGCGGCAGCAGCCCCGGCAGUAAGGCCGAGGGCCGCGCGAGCCCCCUCUAUGCCAGCUACAAGGCUGAUAGUUUCUCGGAGGGCGAUGACCUCUCCCAGGGUCAUCUGGCCGAGCCCUGCUUCCUCCGAAGCAGUGAUCUGAGCCUCAGCCCUAGCCGCUCGGCUGACGCUCUCCCUGGCUACGAAGCCAGUGAUGGGGAGGGGGAGAGGCUUGGGGUGCAGCUGUGCGGGGCUGGCAGCAGCCCUGAGGCCGAGCACGGCUCCCUGGAGCCCAGCUCCAUGGAGGCUUCUCCUGAGAUGCGCCGCCUCAGCCCCCAGCAGGCCUUCCCAAGGACUGGAGGUGCCGGGCUGAGCCGCAAGGACAGCCUCACUAAGGCCCAGCUCUACGGAACCUUGCUCAACUGACUGCCCUCAGCAGGCAGCAGUCAGGGGCCCCCAUCUAUCCUAACCCACGUAGGGAGUAGCCGACCCCCACGUCCAAGCCCCUGCCAAGGAAUUCCGGUUCCAGUUCCUGCCGUCCCCGUAAUACCACCCCAGUGAGACCUUAAAGUAAACACCCCAGUGAGACCUUAAAGUAAGCCCCUCUGCUUUCGUCUUGUCCACCCCAGCUUCUGCUGCAAACCCCGCCCCGAACAGUUAUGCGCUGCGCCCUCCCCUGAAGUGAGCAUCCCUGUUUUAUAAGUGAAACGAUUUUUUUGUAGGGAAAAGGGUGUUUCUUCAAGCGCUUGCUUGCCGUCAGCUUCUGGAUGGCAGCCAUGGGAGUCCCCACAGGAAGCUCCUUCAUUUCCAGUGAGGGUUGGGGGGCCUAUCCCCGGGGAAAGGAAGGCUGGGGUCCCUAGAGGGACCAGUCUCCACAAGUGGGGAGAAACCAACAAGGGAACCCUGAAGUUCUGUCCACGGAGGAGGGGAACCAAAGCCACUUUAGGGCGCAGAAAAUGUCUUUUCGCACCCCGUCUUAUAGUGCAGCCAGCACCCUGCCCCGAUCAACGCCGUCUAUAGUGCAGCCAGAACCCCGCCGAGAUCUACCCCGUCUUACAGUGCAGCCAGCACCCUGUCCUGAUCCACGCAGUCUAUAGUGCAGCCAGCACCCUGCCCUGAUCUACCCCGUCUUACAGUGCAGCCAGCACCCUGCCCUGAUCCACGCCGUCUAUAGUGCAGCCAGAACCCUGCCCUGAUCUACCCCGUCUUACAGUGCAGCCAGAACCCCGCCGUGAUCUACCCCGUCUUACAGUGCAGCCAGCACCCUGCCCCGAUCAACGCCGUCUAUAGUGCAGCCAGAACCCUGCCCUGAUCUACCCCGUCUUACAGUGCAGCCAGAACCCCACCGAGAUCUACCCCGUCUUACAGUGCAGCCAACACCCUGCCCUGAUCAAUGCCGUCUAUAGUGCAGCCAGCACCCUGCCCUGAUCUACCCCGUCUUACAGUGCAGCCAACACCCUGCCCUGAUCUACCCCGUCUUACAGUGCAGCCAACACCCUGCCCCAAUCCACCCUGCGCUCUUCCCAUGGCCCGGCCUGUGGGCCCGAGAGGGGCCAGAUAUACCCCCAGAACAGCCGGUGCUGAUUUCUCCCCUCCCCCUCCCAACACCACUUGACUCUACCUCAGAUAUGAGGCUCCCCCAACCCUCGUGCACCUGUCGUCUGUGAUGCAUGCCGUCCUUAGUACUGUAUUCCAAAAAUCACUAAUAAAGGACACCAGUGGAG